UCAGGCUCCCAGAAAGUCCGCGGACGGCCGCGUCGGUUGGAGAGGGAGGGCGUGAAGGAGGGAGCUGGCUCCCCGGCCGGCCGCGCGCUGAAGUUUCCUGGCCGCUGGCGCCCGGGCCAUGCUGGAGCGCAGGGCGGCAGCAUGAAGGGCUCGGACCGGGCUUACACCCGCGGUCCCUCUUUGAGGUGGCUCUUGGCUAAGUGCUGCUGCUGCUUCCCGUGCGGAGAUACAUACUCUCAUUCCUCAAGUGAAAACGGAGGCAAGUCCGAGUCAGUGGCCAACCUGCAGAGCCAGCCCUCCCUGAACUCCAUCCACAGCUCCCCCGGCCCCAAGCGCUCCACCAACACCCUUAAGAAGUGGCUGACCAGUCCGGUGCGCAGGCUCAACAGCGGGAAGGCAGACGGAAACAUCAAGAAGCAGAAGAAAGUGCGCGAUGGCCGCAAGAGCUUCGACCUGGGCUCUCCCAAGCCUGGGGAUGAGACGACGCCUCAGGGAGACAGUGCUGAUGAGAAGAGCAAGAAAGGUUGGGGUGAAGAUGAGCCAGAUGAAGAAUCCCACACCCCGCUCCCUCCGCCUAUGAAGAUCUUUGACAACGACCCUGCGCAGGAUGAGAUGUCCUCCUCUUUGCUAGCAGCCCGGCAGGCUUCCGCCGAAGUUCCUACUGCUGCAGACCUUGUCAGUGCAAUAGAACAGUUGGUCAAAAGCAAGCUGAGCCUAGAAGGAGGCUCAUACCGGGGCAGCUUGAAGGACCCAGCCGGCUGCCUGAAUGAAGGGAUGACCCCGCCCACACCUACGAGAAACCUGGAAGAAGAACAGAAAGCCAAGGCCCUGAGAGGCAGGAUGUUUGUCCUGAAUGAGCUGGUACAGACGGAGAAGGACUAUGUCAAGGACCUGGGGGUUGUGGUGGAGGGCUUCAUGAAGAGGAUGGAAGAAAAGGGUGUCCCUGAGGACAUGCGAGGGAAGGACAAAAUCGUGUUUGGAAACAUUCACCAGAUUUAUGAUUGGCAUAAGGAUUUUUUCCUUGCCGAACUGGAAAAAUGUAUCCAGGAGCAAGACAGAUUGGCCCAGCUCUUCAUUAAACACGAGCGGAAGCUGCACAUCUACGUGUGGUACUGCCAGAACAAGCCGCGCUCUGAGUACAUCGUGGCCGAGUACGACGCCUACUUUGAAGAGUUGAAACAGGAGAUAAAUCAAAGGCUGACGCUUAGCGACUUCCUUAUCAAGCCCAUUCAGAGAAUAACAAAAUAUCAGCUGCUUCUCAAGGACUUCCUGAGAUACAGCGAGAAGGCGGGCUUGGAGUGUUCAGAGAUCGAGAAAGCAGUGGAGUUAAUGUGCCUUGUUCCAAAACGCUGCAAUGACAUGAUGAAUCUGGGACGCCUGCAGGGCUUUGAGGGCACACUGACCGCUCAGGGGAAGCUGCUGCAGCAGGACACGUUCUACGUGAUUGAGCUGGAUGCCGGCAUGCAGUCCCGGACCAAGGAGAGGCGUGUGUUCCUCUUUGAGCAAAUUGUCAUCUUCAGCGAACUGCUCAGGAAGGGCUCUGUCACCCCGGGCUACAUGUUCAAAAGGAGCAUCAAGAUGAAUCACUUGGUCCUGGAGGAGGACGUGGACCAUGACCCCUGCAAGUUUGCGCUCAUGAACAGGGAGACUUCGGAGAGGGUCAUUCUGCAAGCCGCCAACGCUGACAUCCAGCAGGCCUGGGUGCAGGACAUCAGCCAAGUCUUAGAAACACAGCGAGACUUCUUAAAUGCACUGCAGUCGCCCAUUGAGUACCAGCGGAAGGAGAGGAGCUCGGCCGUAAUGAGGGCCCCGCCUGCCAGAACUCCCCAGGCCAGCCCACGGCCCUACUCCUCCAUCCCUGUGGGCUCUGAGAAGCCCCCAAAGGGCUCCAGCUAUAACCCGCCUCUGCCACCCCUGAAGAUAUCUACCUCCAAUGGCAGUCCAGGGUUUGACUACCACCAGCCUGGAGACAAGUUUGAGGCCAGCAAGCAGGGCGACCUGGGAGGCUGCAAUGGGACCUCAUCCAUGGCCGUGAUCAAAGAUUACUAUGCACUGAAGGAAAAUGAAAUCUGUGUGAGCCAAGGUGAGGUGGUCCAGGUCCUCGCCGUCAACCAGCAGAACAUGUGCCUGGUGUACCAGCCUGCCAGCGACCACUCGCCCGCGGCCGAGGGCUGGGUCCCGGGCAGCAUCCUGGCGCCCCUCACCAAAGCCACGGCGGCGGCAGAAAAUAGUGACGGGAGCAUCAAGAAGUCAUGUUCAUGGCAUACUCUACGCAUGAGAAAGCGGGCGGAAGUGGAGCACUCGGGUAAAAAUGAAGCCACAGGGCCUCGUAAACCCAAGGAUAUUCUGGGCCACAAAGUCUCUGUUAAAGAGACGAACAGCUCCGAGGAGUCAGAGUGUGACGAUCUUGACCCUAAUACUAGCAUGGAGAUCUUAAAUCCAAAUUUCAUCCAAGAAGUGGCCCCAGAAUUCCUUGUGCCCUUGGUGGAUGUGACCUGCUUGCUUGGGGACACAGUGACACUGCAGUGCAAGGUCUGCGGGCGGCCGAAGCCCACCAUCACCUGGAAGGGGCCAGACCAGAACAUCCUGGACACCGACAGCAGCUCAGCCACAUACAGCGUCUCCUCCUGUGAGUCCGGAGACAUCACCCUGAAGAUCUGCAAUCUGAUGCCUCAAGACAGCGGGAUAUAUACGUGCAUAGCAGCCAAUGACCACGGCACCGCGUCCACGUCCGCCACGGUGAAGGUGCAAGGAGUUCCCGCGGCCCCCAACCGCCCCAUCGCCCAGGAGCGGAGCUGCACCUCGGUGAUCCUGCGCUGGCUGCCCCCGGCCAGCACCGGCAACUGCACCAUCUCCGGCUACACCGUGGAGUACAGAGAGGAAGGUUCCCAGGCCUGGCAGCAGUCAGUAGCGUCGACCUUGGACACUUACCUCGUCAUCGAAGACCUCAGCCCCGGAAGCCCUUAUCAGUUCAGAGUCAGUGCCAGCAACCCCUGGGGGAUCAGCCUUCCCAGCGAGCCCUCGGAGUUCGUGCGACUUCCAGAGUACGAUGCUGCUGCUGAUGGUGCCACCAUUUCUUGGAAGGAAAAUUUUGAUUCAGCUUAUACUGAGCUGAAUGAAAUUGGCAGGGGCCGUUUCUCCAUAGUGAAGAAGUGCACCCACAAAGCCACUCGCAAAGAUGUUGCUGUGAAGUUCGUCAGCAAAAAAAUGAAGAAGAAAGAGCAGGCUGCCCAUGAGGCCGCCCUCCUCCAGCACCUGCAGCACCCACAGUACAUCACUCUCCACGACACCUAUGAGUCUCCCACGUCCUACAUCCUGAUUCUGGAACUGAUGGAUGAUGGCCGGCUCCUGGACUACCUUAUGAACCAUGACGAGCUGAUGGAAGAAAAGGUGGCCUUCUACAUCCGAGACAUCAUGGAAGCGCUGCAGUACCUUCACAACUGCAGGGUGGCCCAUUUGGACAUCAAGCCUGAAAACCUGCUCAUUGACCUGCGGAUUCCAGUGCCUCGAGUGAAGCUCAUCGACUUGGAGGAUGCUGUCCAGAUCUCAGGUCACUUCCACAUCCACCACCUGCUGGGCAACCCUGAGUUUGCUGCCCCAGAAGUGAUCCAAGGCAUCCCUGUGUCCCUGGGCACGGACAUCUGGAGCAUUGGGGUUCUGACGUACGUCAUGCUGAGUGGGGUCUCCCCCUUCCUGGAUGAGAGCAAAGAAGAGACGUGUAUCAAUGUGUGUCGGGUGGACUUCAGCUUCCCCCAUGAAUACUUCUGUGGCGUGAGCAAUGCCGCCAGAGAUUUCAUCAAUGUGAUCCUACAGGAAGACUUCCGGAGGCGACCCACGGCAGCCACCUGCCUGCAGCAUCCGUGGCUGCAGCCCCACAACGGCAGCUACUCCAAGGUCCCUCUGGACACCUCCCGCCUGGCGUGCUUCAUAGAACGCCGCAAGCAUCAGAACGAUGUGCGGCCCAUUCCCAAUGUCAAGAGCUACAUCGUCAACAGGGUAAACCAAGGGACGUAGCCGUGUCCCAGCCCUGGAGGUUUCACAUGGAAGUGCAGUGUGAACCAAAGCAAGACUGAAUGUGCUGUAAAUAAUUCUGUUCACUAUUUCACUCCGUGCAGUUCUCUGGAUUGUGAGAUGGUCCCUCUUCAACCUCGUCAGUGGUUAUUCAAGGUCUGAGCAGCAGAAAAAUCACCCUAUGUCCAGGGCUUUCCACAAGGCCAUUCAGAAGAGACAAAGGAGGAGAAAGUCACAGAGAGUAUUACAAAGAGGGGCAAGGAUAACAAGAAUACUAGCUGAUACAGAAUAUUAAUUGUGUGUUCCAAAGAGAGUGGGUAACUAGGCGAAACUUCAGCUCACUGGAGUGAGUGUAAAAGGUUUCUCUGCCUUGGCUGGAAUUUUAAGCCAAAAGGUCUGUUUAGCAGAGACGUCAUGUAUGCCAACUAGUGUGAUUUAGAUUCCUUUGAUAUCGUUUCUUUAUAGGAACCAUCUACACAUACAGUGAACUAUAUCCCGUUCUGAACUCAGAGUUUUAUAAUGUAGAGGUAUAUAUGAAAUCAGCAUAAGUAACUUUGAGUGCUCCAGUUAGGACAGUGAUUUCUUUACCGAAACAUUACAUUGUUUUGACUAAGCACAAUUAGAGGACGAGUUUUUUAGAGCAUUUUAUACAUCCUGUAUAGAAAUCUUUUACCAGAACCUGUGCAUGAAGAGAAAGCAGCUACCCCUUUGCAAUCUGUGGGUGAGAAGGCCUUCCUCUCAGUCACAGGCAUUUGACUCACGUAGGUUCUGUAUGGGAAAUGCUACUCCCCAAUUCACUGGCAGCUCAGAGUUCAUCUGGCAGGAAAGCCUGCCGGGAAAUCAGUCCAUAUACAGUAAGAGCUGUAGGCUGCUUUUAUGUCUACACUUGGUUUGAAAUUGAUAGCAAAUAUAACAGGUUCAUACAAAAGGGCAAAUAGAAACCUUUCCUACACUUUCUCUGAACUCUGUACCACUGCUUUCUGCUGACCUCUACAACUGUAGAAUGCAGUCCCCAGAAAGCUGGCCUACUUGAUUCCCUACCCCUUGUGGAAGCGAAGGGGUGCUCACCAAAAGGAGGCAGCCAUACAUAGGCCUUGGAAAGGCCUGGUCCCAAGUCCUUUUUGAAGCCAUGGAAUAAAACCCGAUACAUCAGCCUAAUAGAGCAUUGAGUUUUAACUGCGAUUGCAAUACCUACCACCACUCAGCCGCCAAUGUUUCCUGAGACUAAAAGGACUAAUUGCACUUUGAGGCCGAUGCUGCUUUCUGGUGUAUAUUCUCCGCAUCAGAUGACGAUUCACUGCCCUCUGUUGUGCUAGUGGAAAAACAAUUAAACCUGAGCAUUUCAUGUUUUGUUUUUUCUAUUUUUUGUUUCGGAAAACGUUUUUGUUUUUUUGUGUUUGUACAUGAUCCACUCUUUGUUUUCUGGAACAUGUUUUUAAACUGGUGGUUAUGCAAACAAUAUUUUAAAUAUUUAGGUCACAUAUUUGUCCAAAUCAGGUUUAAUGGCAUUGCUUCUGUCCUAGAGUAGGAUUGAGACCAUUGAAAUCAUGCAGCUCAGAAGUGCAAGCAGGGAGCUGACAAAGGAACUACAAACCUAUCUAAGUGAAAAAGAAGGGUGGACAUAAGCCUGAACUUGAAUAUAUAAAAACACUGAUCUGCACAGUGGGAAGGUAGAAUUAAAAAUACUCAUCAUUCCUUUCCACUGAUUUCAAAGUCAACUUCCUCAUCUACCUUCCACUUCAUCCCAUCCAAGAUUAUAAAUUAAUAAAUGAGUAGAAAGUAUAAGCAAUAAGACUAGAUAGCACUUCGUAUUUUCAGGAUUAACCAAAUAUGUGGAAACCGACUCCGACUGUGUUCGUUUCCUAGUUUUUGAAUGGCCUGGGCCAUCAAGGGUCCCUUCCUCAGAGCGCUCCCUUGAUGAACCCUCCAUAGUCUUCACUUAAAAACGAAUGUAUAUACAAAUGCUACGUGACAUGAUAUUUUAAAAUGUAAAACAAUUUACCGAAAACUCUUUUCAUAAACAUGUCUUUAUUGUGAGACAUAGUGUAAAAGAAGAAAGCCUGGUCCCUGCGCUCAUCAUGAGAUAGAGUGUGGGCACUGGGGAUUCCAAAUAUCCAUAUAUAUGGCCUGGCAAGUUCUGUUCCGUCCACCACACAGAUGGCGAUGAAAGAGCCCCUGCUGAGUCAUUCUGAGUGUUGAUGACCAAGCAGGAGACAAGCUGAGUUUCUGCUUAAGAAGGGCAGGGCCCAGGACAACGGUGCACAGGCUGCACAGGAGAGCAUCAGUGGAAUCGUGCUGUGGGGAGGGCAGUUGACAGGAUGUUAGAGCCAAAGCUUUUGCAUCAGCUUUUACAGUGGGGUGGGGAGGAUUCAGACAUGAAAUUGCAUGGAAUUCCCCCUCCCCAAGGGCACUUGGGGAAGUGAGGAGACGGGAGGGAAAGGACACAGGCAUGACAAGUAGUAUGGUUGUGUUAACUGGAGCC